AUGCCCCCUCCCGUGUCGUUAGCCGUGUGCUCAGCAGGCAGAGGCGUCUGCGGGGAGGGGCUCUCUGGGCACUGCUGUUCCCUGUCCUGCGGGCCGUCUCCUCGUGAGCCCCGACUUGCAGGAGAAACUGCCGCUCACCGUCUCCCACGCCUGCAUCUGGCGUGGACGCCGCGGCCACCGCCGUGGGCAGACGUGCUCACCGAGCUCCCCGCCCCUGUGUCCUCCCAGAAGUCCGUGCGCCUGGUGGUGAACUACCUGCGGACGCAGAAGGCCGUGGUGCGCGUGAGCCCCGAGGUGCCCCUGCACAGCCUCCUGCCCGUCAUCUGCGCCAAGUGCGACGUGAGCCCCGAGCACGUGGUGCUGCUCAGGGACAACGUGGCGGGCGAGGAGCUGGAGCUGUCCAAGUCGCUCAGCGAGCUGGGCAUCAAGGAGCUCUACGCCUGGGACAACAAGAGAGAAACCUUCAGAAAGUCCUCCUUUGGCAGCGAUGAGACGGAUAAGGAGAAGAAGAAGUUCCUCGGGUUCUUCAAAGUGAACAAAAGAAGCAACGGCAAGGUGGAGCAGGGCCGGCUGUCGGCGGACAGCGACGAGGACACCGGGAAGCUGGCGCCGGGCAGGGGCUCCCACGGCUCUCUGACGACGCCAAACUCCCCGUCCAUGACUUCCCGCUCCAUCACGCUGGGCCCAUCGCUCUCGCUGAGCAACAUCUCGGGGGUGUCCGUCAAGUCCGACAUGAAGAAGCGCCGAGCCCCGCCUCCUCCGUCCCUGCCCGGGGCGGGGCCGCCCGCGCAAGACAAGGCAUCGGAGAAGUGGACAGCACACGCUGAUUUCUGCAGCGCGGGCGCCGCACUGGCUCCCGUCUGCCUGGUGACGGCUGAUGUGGCGAAUGUCCCCGUGCAGUCGUGGCUCUUGAGGGAGACGGACAGACGCCGCCGAGGUCGGCCGUGCUGUGUCCGCAUUGCCUCCUUCCCGCAGGAAAAGUCACUAACAGGGAAACAGGAAAUGCUGGGAACGCGGAAUCCGACAGAUUCCGUGUGGAGGAAGGAGAAUGACUGACUCAAAAAGGACGCACUUCUUUGUGGAGCACCCAUGCAGCCAGAGGAAGUGUCUCUUUUUGGUCCCAAACCCAUUGUUCGUGGUGGAUGGAAUGACAACAGAGGCAGCACACUAUCCUCUGUGGGUUUCUGUUUGGCCUUUUGUGUCUGCGCGGGAACGGAGUGUGAAGGACCCCUUGAGUCAUUCUACUCCGUGCAACGGGGGACAGUGAAUCUCCCCGUCCCCGAAGGUUGCGUAGGAGGAGACGGAAGGAGGUCGGAGGGAGAUGGGACAGCAGUGCGCAGGCGGGUUCUCGGGGAGCUCUAGAAAAACCGGAGCGGGGUUCCCAGAAGCGCUCGCUCCCGUGGCGCCGUCCUCG